AUGGCGACAACAAGAAUGUUCUGCUUCGUGCUCGUGAUGAUUCUAAUGGGAAGUUGUUGCUCGGCAAAAAUCUACAAAGUGGGAGACUCGGAGGGAUGGAGAGCGAAGAAGGGCGGUACCUAUUAUGAAUGGACUAAGCGUAAGGAAUUCCAAGUGGGAGAUUCUCUGAUGUUCGAAUACGAUGGCAACGCCAACGACGUCACUCAAGUUUCCAGUCGUUUGGAAUACCAAUUCUGCAACUCUCAUUCUCCUAAAGCUGUUUACAACACAGGACACGAUGUCGUGACUCUCACGGAACCAGGUUAUCACUUCUUCAUCACCACAAAUCAUUCUCAAUGCGUAGCCGGACAGAAACUCGUCGUUUUUGUCGUCCAUGACCAUCCGACGAUUCCUCCUCCUCCACCACCGAGAAAGAUCCUUCCAUUCGGAAAAGAUUACAAGGUUGGUGACUCCAACGAAUGGAAGGUUCCUGAAGAGAGUGACUUCUAUUCCAAGUGGAGUGAGGAGAAGCAGUUUCAUGUGGGAGACAAUCUUCUUUUCUACUACAACGACCAAGUCGAUGACGUCCUAGAAAUCAACAGUGAUCUUGAGUUCAAAUCUUGCGACACUACUUCUCCUGUUGCCGUGCACAAUGGAGGACAAGAUCUCAUUAGGCUAACAAAACCAGGAAUACGCUUUUUUAUUACAUCAAAGAUUGGUCAUUGUGAGGCUGGGCUUAAGCUUCGAGUUGUGGUGCGACCACUAUCCAGAAGUGUUCCGAAGAACAUGCAGUUGUCACCUUUCGACCGCCUCAUCAAGUGGCUACAUGACUCCUUCAGACCCCACCCCCAUCACUAAUAAUUCUUAUUUUUCUGUUUGAGCUUAGCUUAUUAAUGUUUUUUU